GCGGCGCAUGCGCGGGUGGCUGGGUUGUGUGCUGGGCCAGCGCGGAGCCGAAGCAACCGUGGUGAAGCGCCUGGGUUCGGUGGAACCCGCCUUGUUGGCUCCUUGCUUAGUAGCCGUCGCCUCAGCCGCCACCGGAGAGCGGCCGUCUAUUGUCUUUCUCCGCGGCGAAGGUGCGGAGCUGCUCCGGCUCGGCCCGCGGGGGAGCCCCGGGAGCCGCACGGUUUGCUUGGUGUCAGUGAAAGACAGUCUACGGAAUACCUUCUCUGGGUCACCACUGUACUAAACUGCACAAACGGCAUCUCACUUGACCUACAGCAGGCUUUCUGAGUGUCCUGGGUCAUGAAACUUAAUCCACAACAAGCUCCAUUAUAUGGUGAUUGUGUUGUUACAGUACUGCUUGCUGAAGAGGACAAAGUUGAAGAUGAUGUAGUUUUUUACUUGGUGUUUUCGGGUUCUACCCUCCAUCACUGUACCAGUACCCGGAAGAUCAGUUCUGAUACUUUGGAGACCAUCACUCCUGGUCAUGACUGCUGUGAGACAGUGAAGGUGCUGCUCUGUGCUUCCAAAGAGGGCCUUCCUGUGUUUGUGGUGGCUGAAGAAGACUUCCAUUUUGUCCAGGAUGAGGCAUAUGAUGCAGCUCAAUUUCUGGCAACCAGUGCUGGAAAUCAGCAAGCUCUGAACUUCACUCGUUUUCUUGACCGGUCAGGACCUCCAUCUGGGGAUGUGAAUUCCCUUGAUGAGAAGGUUGCACUGGCAUUCAGACACCUGAAGCUGCCAGCAGAGUGGAAUGUUUUGGGGACAGAUCAGACUUUGCAUGAUGGUGGCCCCCGGGAGACAUUGAUGCAUUUUGCUGUGCGACUGGGACUGCUGCGAUUGACUUGGUUCCUGUUGCAGAAGCCGGGUGGCCGCGGAGCUCUCAGCAUCCACAACCAGGAAGGGGCAACACCUGUGAGCUUGGCCUUGGAGCGAGGUUAUCACCAGCUGCACCAGCUUCUAACUGAGGAGAAUGCUAGAGAGCCAGACUCCUGGAGCAGUUUAUCCUAUGAAAUCCCUUAUGGAGACUGUUCUGUGAGGCAUCAUCGAGAGUUGGACAUCUAUACAUUGACCUCUGAGUCUGAAUCACAUCAUGAACCCCCAUUUCCUGGAGACAGUUGCACUGGACAUAUUUUUAAACUUAUGAACAUCCAACAGCAACUAAUGAAAACAAACCUCAAGCAGAUGGACAAUCUUAUACCUUUAAUGAUGACAACACAGGAUCCUCCCAAUCUGCCCAGUGCCACAGAGACAGAUGGCCAGUUCCUUUUCUGUGCACCAGAGUCCUCAGAUAGCCAGCAGCUUUCUUCUCUUCCUGAAGAGACUGUGAGCACUGUGUGCUGCCAGGGAAGCCCUGUUGGACAGAUUGAGAAUUCCUGUGAUUUGUCAGGCGUAGUUGAGAAAGAGAAGAAAGACCAUUCUUAUAGGAAGAAAAAUAAAGGCGUGGCAAGAAAAGGGGAAGAGGUGGAGCCAGCACCUAUUGUGGACUCUGGAACUGUGUCUGAUCAAGACAGCUGCAUUCAGAGCAUGCCUGACUGUAGAAUAAAGGACACAGAAGGACUUAUAUCCUGUGGAAACAGAAAUGAAGAAACUGGAACAAAGUCUUGUAGAAUGGGCACAGACCAGAAGUUGUUGAGCAUUGGAGGCAGUGUGCUGCAGGGAGAUAUAGUCACAGAGUUAGGCACAGCCCAGCAUUCCUCUGGAGGUGAACUAACAGACAGUUCAACAGCACUCAGCAGCGCCUCACAGAGUGCAGGGCAAGUGGAACAUAGCCUGGUGAACAUAGCUGCUGCCAUCCAGAACAGUAUGCUUCAAGCAGGGGAAAGUACAAGGGAAAGACUUAAGAAGUCAAAUAUCAGCACAGCUGGAUCCUGUGAUGUACCAGUCAUAAGUGAGCCUGUGGAUAAGGUCAGUGUUCCAAACUGUGUCUUUGCCACAAAUGCCGUGGGAGGUAACAGACCUGCUGAGUCUCCACUUGGAUUUAGUCUUGGAGAAACCCCCAUUGAAAAAACAGAAACUGAAACUUCUGGAAGUUGUGAGGAAAGUGCUGAUGCUCUAGAUCAGAAUUCUCUGAUAAUUCCAGCUGCUCCAAAAACCAGGAUUUCAGAUGAAUUAGAGCCUGACACUCCCUUAGCAGGCGGAUGUGAAGCAGUGUCACCCUUGGAUUUAACCUUUUCUGGGAUAGAAAAAGAUGUGAUGCCAAACCAGAAAUCAGAAAUGAAUUCAUCUCAUACUCAAAGCCAAAACAGCAAAUUACUGGUUUGUUUUACCACUGGAGAUGAUAAACUCUCUGCUGACUUGGCAUGUCAACAGAACAUAGUGACUUCUAGUGGUGAAUUGAUUGCAAAACAUUGCAGUGACAUAGUCAGCCAACCUGAAAACACCACGAAAGGGCAGCCCAAGACACAAGACCCACCCACUGCCAUCUGCCUUAAAGACCCACAGGUGAAUACAAUCAUUUCAGACCCUGUAAGAGUUACCCAGGAAUAUGUAGAUUUUUGUCCUCUCAAAGUUUUGAAUAAAAAGGAUCAAGGAAAAGAUUUGAAACUAGAUAUGCCUUUAACAAAUAUGCUUGAGGUAGUUUCACCUCUGUAUCCAGUUGUGCCUAAAACUGAGAAAGAACUGGUGCCAGACCAGGCGGUGCCAUCUGACAGCACUUUCUCUCUGGCAGGCAGUCCAGGCAGUGAAUCAGUAACCAAAGAUGACGCACUUUCUCUUGUCCCCUCCCAGAAAGAAAAGGGAACAGCAACUCCUGAACUACAUGGGACUUCAGCUUGUAGAGAUGUCCCAAAUGGAGAGGAUUCGAAUGAUCCUGAUGAACAGUUGUCAGAAGAUAGGGCAGUAAACCUGUCCUUGCCCUCAGCUGCUGUGGAACUUCAGCUCAGCAUGGGUAAUACCAGUCCCAUAAGACUUGGUGGGGAACUCGAAGGUCCUGGCCCCUCAUCAGCUCCUGAAGUUCUGACUGACUCUUCUCUACUGAGUGUGGGUAAGGCCACUUUGAUUUCUGAUUCAAUUUCCAUUGAAGAAGGCAAAAAUCUGGAAGUUCCAGAAAGCUGUUCAAUACAGAGACAAGAUGAGAAGGACAAAGCAGUGCCUUGUUCCUCCAUUAAGGGAGACAUACUUUCUUCAGGAACAUUUCAGGAAGAGCAGAGACCACCAUCUCCCGGACAAGAGACUCCAGGAGUCCAUGAAAAACCUAUUUUGACGGUCUGUGCUGAGGGCAAAGCACUUCAGCCCAGCAGUUCACUGGGCACACCCUCUGCUUGUCUUAAGACAGAAACUAAACAUAAUAAGGAAGUGGCCCCACAAGUCUCCCUGCUGACUGAAGGUGGGGCUGCACAGAGCCUGGUGCCACCAGGAGCAAAUCUGGCUGCAGACUCAAGGCAGGAAGCCUUGAAUACAGAGCAGAACAACUCACCUCUGUUGUCUGGUUUGGUGCCAAAUGAGUCUGAGGCUCUUAACUGCAAUCGACCUUUUUCUCUGGAUGUUGGAGUUGAGAAAGCUGAUUCCCAGGGGAAAACCAGUGUUCAUGAGGUGAGUGGAAAUGUGAUGGUGGAUAUUGCAAUGGUUAAUGCUCUCCGAGGUACUGCCAGACCCAGAAGAAAGGAUAAAUCACACAACAUCCCAAUUUCAGAAGUUUUGUUGAGCCAGGAGAAGAAUAUGAUCCAGAGUUUGCCAGAUUUACCAGACAAAGGUAUGACUGGACUACAGGGAGCUGCAAACCCAGGGAUAGUACCUCUUGACUGGAAGACAGGGCAGCAGGAGGGCAGCAGCUAUUCUCUGGGUGACUCCAAGGAGGCACAAAUGGAGGAGGGAGCAUUGCAGCCUGUUGCCAAGGAGCUCCCCACAGAGACAGGGCUCUCAGCUCUUCAUGGCAAGGCCUCCACUGGCAUGAGAGAAGUCACACAAACUUUGACUCCAGGCAAAGAAAGGAGACAUUGCAUGAUCUCUCCUGAAGCUGUACAUGUGCCUGAGGGGGCAGACUUGCUAGAGGAGGCUGCAUACCGUAUAGUGGAGGCUGUCAUCAAACAAGUCAAAGCCUCAGGAGUGCUGGUUCCUGAGGGGGAAAUCAGUCACUUAUCAACACCUGGUCCUGAUCUGGACCCUCGGACAGAACAACUGACGGGGAACCUUGCAGGAUGUUUUGCUGGAAGGGAGGAGCCAGAGAUUGGUCUGCCUGAGCAGGCAACAGAAAUGCCAGACAGGAAAGCUGAAGAUGAAUUGGAUUUUCUAAGUAAGACCAGAGCUAGUUCAGUGUCUGAAGAGGUGUCUGUAGGGAAUGGAGCUACCACACCUAGGAUGAAACAAGGUCCGAAGAUCCAGGCGAUAAACCGAGAAAGCUGGUGUACAAUAGAACCAUGCCCAGAGGCAGCAUCUCUUUUGGCUUCUCAGCAGAGCCCUGAGAACUUUUUGGAUGUUGCACUGAGCAGAGAGUGUGACUCAAAACAAGGUGUAUUUCAGAAAGAAUCUGGGAGUGAUUCUGACCUCUUUCAUUCACCCAGUGAUGAAAUGGACAGCAUCAUCUUCUCAAAGCCUGAGGAAGAGCAGUUGGUCUGUGAUAUUACAGGAUCUGGUUCUUCUACUGAUGACACAGCUUCUCUGGAUCGACAUUCUUCUCAUGGCAGUGAUGUGUCCCUCCCUCAGAUUUCAAAGUUAAACAGAUCUAGAGACCAGCAAAGCCAUGAUGGCUUCUACAGCCGUGAGAUAGGAGCUGAGGGUCCAGAGGGUGAGAGUGAGCCUGCUGGCUCUGGGGAAAUUGAAGAGGAGGAGAUGGACAGCAUCACUGAAGUGCCUGCAAACUGCUCUGUCCUGAGGAACUCUAUGCGUUCUUUGUCCCCUUUCCGGAGACACAGCUGGGGUCCUGGGAAGAAUGCAGCCAGUGAUGCAGAAAUGAACCACCGGAGUUCAAUGCGAGUUCUUGGGGAUGUUGUCAGGAGACCUCCCAUUCAUAGGAGAAGUAUGAGCUGGUGUCCCUCUGGUGUGCAAUACUCUGCUGCCCUGAGUGCUGACUUUAAUUACAGAAGUUUCAGUCUGGAAGGCUUGACAGGAGGAGCUGGUGUUGGAAACAAUCCAUCUUCAUCUCUAGAAGUACACUCUGCCGACUCCAAAGAACACAGACACUCUUUCAGUGGGGAGGAACGGGGUGACUCUUUGGUGUCACUUUCAGAAGAGGAUCUGGAGUCAGACCAGAGAGAACAUAGGCUGUUUGAUCAGCAGACAUGUCACAGACCUAAGCAGCAGGGAUUUAAUUAUUGCACAUCAGCCAUUUCUUCUCCCUUGACAAAAUCCAUCUCCUUAAUGACAAUCAGCCAUCCUGGAUUGGACAGUUCACGACCUUUCCACAGCACUAGUGCUAAUCUGACUGAGAGUAUAACUGAAGAGAACUAUAACUUCCUGCCACAAAGCCCCUCCAAGAAAGAUUUUGAAGGAAAAGGUGGAACAAAAGUCAGUCGUACAUUCAGCUACAUCAGGAACAAAAUGUCCAGCAGUAAGAAGAGCAAAGAAAAGGAAAAAGACAGAGAUAAAAUUAAGGAGAAGGAGAAAGAUUCUAAAGAAAAGGAGAAAGACAAGAAGACUCUCAAUGGGCACACUUUCAGUUCUAUUCCUGUUGUGGGUCCCAUCAGCUGUAGCCAGUGUAUGAAGCCUUUCACCAACAAAGACGCCUACACUUGUGCAAAUUGCAGUGCCUUUGUCCACAAAGGCUGCAGAGAAAGUCUGGCCUCCUGUGCAAAGGUCAAAAUGAAACAGCCCAAAGGGAGCCUUCAGGCACAUGACACAUCUUCACUCCCCACAGUCAUCAUGAGAAACAAGCCCUCACAGCCCAAGGAGCGCCCUCGAUCUGCAGUUCUCUUGGCUGAUGAAACCACUGCUCCUCCAAUGUUUGCCAACAGACGGUCCCAGCAGAGUGUCUCACUCUCCAAAAGUGUCUCCAUUCAGAACAUUACUGGAGUUGGCAAUGAUGAGAACAUGUCUAACACCUGGAAAUUCCUAUCUCAUUCAACGGACUCACUCAAUAAGAUCAGCAAGGUCAAUGAGUCAACAGAAUCACUUACUGAUGAGGGAGUAGGUACAGAUAUGAAUGAAGGACAGCUAAUGGGAGACUUUGAGAUUGAUUCCAAACAACUAGAAGCAGAGUCCUGGAGUCGGAUAGUGGAUGGCAAAUUUCUGAAACAGCAAAAGAAAGAUGUGGUUAAACGGCAAGAAGUGAUUUAUGAGUUGAUGCAGACAGAGUUCCAUCACAUCCGCACACUCAAGAUCAUGAGUGAUGUGUACAGCCGGGGCAUGAUGACAGAUCUGCUCUUUGAGCAGCAGAUGGUGGAAAAGCUGUUCCCCUGUUUGGAUGAGCUGAUUGGUAUCCAUAGCCAAUUUUUUCAGAGGAUUCUGGAGCGGAAGAAGGAAUCUGUGGUGGAUAAAAGUGAAAAGAACUUUCUUAUCAGGAGGAUAGGGGAUGUGCUUGUACAUCAGUUUUCGGGUGAGAAUGCAGAACGCUUAAAGAGGACAUAUGGCAAGUUUUGUGGGCAGCACAACCAGUCCGUAAACUACUUCAAAGAUCUUUAUACAAAGGAUAAGCGUUUUCAGGCCUUUGUAAAGAAGAAGAUGAGCAGCUCAGUGGUAAGGAGACUUGGAAUCCCAGAGUGCAUAUUACUUGUAACCCAGCGGAUCACCAAGUACCCAGUUUUAUUCCAAAGAAUAUUGCAAUGUACCAAAGACAAUGAAGCAGAGCAGGAAGACCUAACUCAGUCCUUGAGCCUGGUGAAGGAUGUAAUUGGAGCUGUAGACAGCAAAGUGGCAAGUUAUGAAAAGAAAGUGCGACUCAAUGAGAUUUAUACAAAGACAGAUAGCAAGUCAAUCAUGAGGAUGAAGAGCGGUCAAAUGUUUGCCAAGGAGGAUUUGAAGCGGAAGAAGCUGGUACGAGAUGGAAGUGUGUUUCUGAAGAGUGCUGCUGGAAGGUUGAAAGAGGUCCAAGCCGUUCUUCUCACUGACAUUUUAGUUUUCCUUCAAGAAAAAGACCAGAAAUACAUCUUUGCGUCAUUGGACCAGAAAUCAACAGUGAUCUCCCUAAAGAAGCUGAUCGUAAGAGAAGUGGCACAUGAGGAGAAAGGUCUGUUUCUGAUCAGUAUGGGGGUAAAAGAUCCAGAGAUGGUGGAGGUCCAUGCCAGCUCCAAAGAGGAACGGAACAACUGGAUUCAGAUCAUUCAGGACACAAUCAACACACUGAACAGAGAUGAAGAUGAAGGAAUUCCUAGUGAGAAUGAGGAAGAAAAGAAAAUGUUGGAUACCAAAGCCCGGGAGUUAAGAGAACAACUUCAACAGAAGGACCAACAGAUCCUCCUCUUAUUGGAAGAAAAGGAGAUGAUUUUCCGGGACAUGACUGAGUGCAGCACUCCCUUGCCAGAGGAUUGUUCCCCAACUCAAAGUCCUAGAACUCUCUUCCGCUCCAACACAGAGGAGGCUCUGAAAGGAGGACCUUUAAUGAAAAGUGCAAUAAACGAGGUGGAGAUCCUUCAGAGUUUGGUGAGUGGAAGCCUGGGAGGUGCACUUGGGCAAACUAUCAGCAGCCCUGUUGAGCAAGAAGGCAUGGCUGGCCCCGUUUGCUUGCCCCGGAGGGCAGAGACCUUUGGAGGGUUUGACAGCCAUCAGAUGAGCACUUCCAAAGGAGGUGAGAAGGAAGAAGGAGAUGAUGGUCAAGAUCUUAGGAGAACAGAAUCAGAUAGUGGUCUGAAAAAGGGUGGAAAUGCGAACCUGGUUUUUAUGCUUAAAAGAAACAGUGAGCAGGUUGUCCAGAGCAUAGUUCAUCUCCAUGAGCUCCUCAGCACUCUGCAGGGUGUGGUGUUACAGCAAGACACCUACAUUGAGGACCAGAAGCUGGUGCUGAAUGAGAGGGCGCUCACUAGGAGCUCAUCCCGCCCCAGCUCCCUUAUCGAGCAGGAGAAGCAGCGCAGCCUGGAGAAGCAGCGCCAGGACCUGGCUAACCUCCAGAAGCAGCAGGCGCAGCACCUGGAGGAGAAACGCAGGCGGGAGCGGGAGUGGGAGGCCCAGGAGAGGGAGCUGCGGGAGCGUGAGGCUCGGCUGGCUGAGCGUGAGGAGAAGGUGCAGCGCGGGCAGCAGGACCUGGAGAAGGACCGAGAGGAGCUCCAGCAGAAGAAGGGCACAUACCAGUGUGACCUGGAGAGGCUGCGUGCUGCCCAGAAACAGCUGGAGAGAGAACAGGAGCAACUGCGGCGGGAUGUGGAACGGCUCAGCCAGAGGCAGAUGGAACCGGACUUCUGUCAGGUUUCACAUCAGCAUACCAAGCUGAUGAGGAUCCCAUCCUUCUUUCCCAAUCCUGAGGAGUCCUUGCUGCCUUCUGCACCUUCAAUAACCAAAACAGGGUCACUGGACUCAGAACUUUCAGUGUCCCCAAAAAGGAACAGCAUCUCUCGGACACACAAAGAUAAGGGUCCUUUUCACAUACUGAGUUCAACCAGCCAGACAAACAGAGUAUCAGAGGGGCAGAGCCAGGCCCCAUCGUGCACCUCCACCCGCCUAUUUGGGUUAGCUAAGCCAAAGGAAAAGAAGGAGAAAAAAAAGAAGAGCAAAGGAAGCCGCUCUCAGCCUGGUGAUGGUCCUGCUUCAGAAGUAUCAACGGAAGGCGAAGAAAUCUUCUGCUGACCUUUUCCUUUCUGCUGAGGCAGCUGCCUCCUGGCCUGGCUGUGGUGCCCAGCACCGCCUCUCCUGCCACCCCUGCGUGCUCAAGUCCCUUACGCUGGUUGCCUAUUGCUCUUUAGCAUCCAGUCUUCCUGGGCUUCCCCAGGUCCUGGACAAGAAGGAAUAGAUUGUCUGAGUGUCAGGGUGGGGAAGGAAACUCAGAUUCCACUUCAGCCAUUAUCUGAGACUGCUGAGGCUCACAGGUGGGGCUGGCCCUACUCAGGAUGUUACACUGAAAACAGUGACCCCAGAAGUACAGGCAAUGAUUUGGGACACGUCAGGAAUUCUAACAGCUUGAAAGAGUGUUUCCAAAUGAGCUCUGAAACUCUGCCUUUUAUUUUGGGAAACAACCAAAAUCAAACAACAAAUAAUUUGGGGUUUGUGUACAUGUACAAUGACCUUUGUGCACAGUCUGCGCCAGAUGUCAGAGCGCCUUAGCAAAGCCCAAGAGAGGGAGCACCUGGACUGACCAGGUGGCACAUGGAUAUUCAGUACUUCAUCCUGUUGUCCUAAUAGAUUGAGUUCCCUUUAAACCACCCAGUGUACACAGCACCCCUUUUUUGCAUGUAUUUCUCAUUUCAUUUUGAAAGGGAUAACAAGCAUUUAUGAAACCAGUGAGAGAAGGCUUGACACGUAUAAAAAGGACCUGAUCUGUACCACCAUGAUCUCAUUGCCCCAGACCUUUAAAAAAGAAAAAAAAAAAAAAAAAUCAAAUCCAGAGGAGUCUGAUGUGGCACUGCACAUCUAUAAUCCUAGUAACUUGGGAGGCUGACAGGAGGAUUGCAAGUUCAAAGCCAGCCGCAUCAACUUAGCAAGACCCUGUCUCAAAAAUAAAAAGGGAAUGUAGCUCAGUGAUAAAGCAUCCCUGGGUUCAAUCCCUGGUGCAAAAAAAAAUAAAUCCAGAAGAAAUAUACUGGCUGUCCACGAUACUUCCCUACGGAUUCUAGGCACAAAGAAGCCUCCUCACCAUUAUCUGUUUAGUGACACUUUUUGGUUGUCACUGACCACCCAGAAUAGCCCUCCUAAGGGCUCCCCCAGGGCAGUUGCUGCAUCCCGGUCCUCCCUGUGGGAGAGCACAUGCCCUAUUGGCACCCACCCCAGAAGCCCCCACCAGCUUAGCCAUGCCAAGGCUUUGCGAGGUUGUCCGCCCAGCACACACGCUAGGAUGGCUGGCUGUGAAGUAGGUUCUAGCAAACAGGAUGAGUUCUACCUAUAGCAGUUUUCAACAGCAGGGACUGAGAAGAGGGUCGGCACCAGGCAGUAACUGGAAGCAUUCAUUCCCUAUUAGGAAAUCUCAGCAAAACUCGGUUUCCUAAAAAAUUUUAAAUCUAGAGUUGCAUAUAAUUAUGCUUUGCCCCUUGAAGAUAUCACAAUGCUGCUGGUUUUCCUUCUCUUUCCACUAUUUGUGUUUGCUUGAGGCUUUCCCUGAUGUUAUGUGCAGCAUAAUCAUUGGUAAGGUUUCCCUUGAGGCCCCAAAUACCUGCCACACUUGGUACUCCCCAUGGAGGAGACCCUGAAAAUUCUGUACUUCAAAUGUGGCAUUCAGAUCUUGCUUUUUGCCCCUCAGAAGCAUGGGGCUUUGAACAUUCUUUGAAAAAAACAAACACAGAUCUAACUUGGUGCUUGUUGAUGAAUUGCAAGCUGGCCUUGCAGAUGGAGAUAUUUAUCUUUCAGUUUAUUUGAAAGAGGUCUGGUUUAAAAUUUUUAGCCUAAAUUUAUUUAUUGUGUGUGUGUGUGUGUGUGUGUGUGUGUUUUUCUUUUGUUUGUAAGGUGAACCAAUACUAGCCCAACAGUUUAUCUGAUCAGCGCAGAGAAUGAAGUAGCAGCCAGUGCUGUUUACUUGUAACUGACUGGCUUUCUAAGUGCCUUGAAGGUCCAGAGGAAAACUGAGGGCCUUCCUCCCCUUCCUCCCUUCCCUCCCAGUCCUCCCCUCCCCUCCCCAUUCAUUCUUUUAUUGAUGUCAUCUUCCUUGUUUAGGAAUUAGGAAACUUUCCACCUCUGAAUUGCUUUUUCCCUGUUUUUGUCAUAAAAGGAUUCUGACUCUUAAGACACAAACCUUAAGGCUGAAGCCAGCUGAUUUUUCUAUUGAAAUCAUAAUGUACCUCCCUAAAGAACCUAAACAGCAAAAAAGUUUUUCCUUCCACCAGUCCACAUAACUCCCGGGUAUAGCUGAAGCCUCUCCUGAUUUUCCUCAGAACCACCACAGGCUUCCUGUCCUUGUCACUGUCUCUGGCCCACCUGGCCUUCACAAAAGGGCAGUCUUGAACCAAGACCUCUGGUUCUUUCCCAUGCAAAGGUAGGACAGAUGAUCCUUUUCUCCAUGUUUGAAAUAGUGCUGAUCAGAUUUGCUCCGUCUUCAAAAGAGCACUGUGGAUUCUGUAAGUUACUGUGCAUUCUCGCACACCUUGAUUUCAUUCUUCAGGUGUAGUUUACUCCUGACUAGCUAUAAUAUCUAGCUUGCUUUGGUCAUUUAGUGGUCCUUUUAAAAAAACAGAUUUCACCUCUGCCCCACGCCUAACUCAAAACAGUGCGGUCGGGUUCUCUCACUGGGCAAGUUGGGAUGAGAAGGAAGAAAAAAAAAAAAAAAUCCCCUGAAUUCUCCUCUGUCUCCCAGUGUCCUGCUAGGAAUAUAGUCUGUGGCCUAGAAAAAAGAGAA